UUGUGGAUUUGCCAUUUCUGACGCAUGGCGUUUGGAUAAAGCACAUCGUAUGUGCCAAGGACCAGGUGGUCCUGAUCCCAGACCUGCAGAACUCAAGGUGAUGCCAACACGGAGUUCUCCGUCGCCGCGGAAGAAGAAGCGAUCUUCUUCGCGCGAGGUCAAGGCCAAAAGGAAAAAUGCAUCCAGGUCAAGAUCGCGUGAUGACCGUAAGAGGAAGGCCAGAUCCCGAUCUCGCUCGCGUCGUUCCAAAGAUCGUGAACGAUCGCGUGGAAGGGACAAGCGCCGCCGGCGAGAUUCCUCCGACAGUCGCCGAAGAAGAGAUGGCAACGGGCGCAGGCGCCAGCGUGUGACCAGUUCUAGCUCACUUCCAGUUCGGCGGCGGUCGCCCGAGCGCAGGCGAAGUGAGCGACGCGAUCGAGGCCGUAAGGCCAGAAAGGACAAGGACUCAAGUUCAGACGAUAAGAAAAGGAAAAAGGAGCAGAAGGAUGGAAACUUUGACAACGAAGUCAUCGAUGUUCGUGCUGGAACCGACAAGGCCAAUGGAGAGAAGGAGGCAUCAAAGUUCAGCCCAAUCGAGGCUCAUCAGCUCCCCUUGGCAAAUCCGUACCCGAAGGGAUCGGCUGAAGCGACUCGUCUGGACGCCGCUCGCUUGGAGGUGGCUCGGCUGAAAGCCAUGGGUAAGAUGCCAUCGCCAAGCCUUAUGAAGGAGGUCGCUGCUGGAGCCAAAGCUGCUGCCAUCAGUGGCACUGCCGCACCUCGGGCAAAGAAGGCGGCGCCUGCCCCAUGGAUGGCGGUGCGAGCAGUUUUCGCUGGCAAGGAUGGCGAUGGUUCCAAAGCUUCAGAACCGGCAACGCCAACCAGCCAGAUAGAUGCAAAAGAAGGUACCAAGAUUAUCAAGAAGUUGGGCAGCUCGGAACUGUCAGAGCUCUCAAAGAGCAUCGCGGGGGAGCGCAACAAGCUGCGCCUUUUUGUGGUGAAGGCGAAAUCUGACUUUGAGGAGAGUAAGGAAAAGGCCAAGGCCACGCACCAGACGGUCCAGAUAGGUGAGACGGACGAGAAUGAGUACUACUCCGCUUCAGUGGGAGAGGAGUUGGCCGGCCGCUACAAGGUAGAGGCAGCAAUCGGCCGAGGGGUUUUCUCCAGCGUCUAUCACUGUAAGGGUAUGAAGGACGGCAAAGACUUCGCUGUCAAGCUCAUCAGAGCCAAUGCCAUGAUGCGGAGAGCUGCUGACAAGGAGGUGGAGAUGUACAAGCGCUUGGAGAAGGUCUCCGCGGAGGACGAGGGCUUCAAGCACAUCAUCACCCUGAUAGAUGUGCAGACCUUUGAGCACUGCGGGCAUUUGAGUCUGGUGUUUGACCUCUUAAAGUGCGACAUGCGCUUCGCCCUGCAAAAGUACGGCAUGGGCGGCGGUCUGCCUUUGCCUACCUUGCAGCAGUACGUGAGGCAAGUCUUUCUUGGGCUGCGAGCUUUGCGCACAGCCAAGGUGAUGCAUGCUGAUCUCAAGCCAGACAACAUCUUGAUGACGUUGAGCAAGGCUGAGAUCAAAAUAUGCGACUUCGGCAGCGCUAUGGACGCAUCCGAGCAGGUAAAGACGGCGUACUUGCAGCCUCGAUACUAUCGCGCUCCGGAUAUCAUGCUCGGAGUACCCUAUGACAUGGGGAUUGACAUGUGGAGCGCAGGCACCACGGUUUACGAGCUGUCCACGGGGAAGAUCCUCUUCACAGGGAAGACCAACAACCAGAUGAUGAGCAAAAUGAUCACCGUCAUGGGCAAGUUCCCAGAGAGGAUGCGGACCGUGGGCGAGUUUGCCAGGAAGCACUUCAACCAGAAUGGUGACUUCAUGAGCCAGGAUCCAGACUCCAUCACAGGGCUUCCAGAUGUGAUUCAACUGUCCAAGCCAACGAGAACAGUGCUGAACUUGCUUCAGGCGGAGCUGAAGCAUCCCAACGCGGGGGUGGAGCGCAAAGACCACGAGAAGUGGGUCGUGCAGCUGGCGGAGCUGGUCAGCAAGUGUUGCCAGCUUGAUCCGGAGGACAGGAUCAAGCCUGCAGAGGCGUUGGAGCUGUCCUUCUUCAAGCCCCAAAGGGACUGAGACUCGCGAACGGAUCCUUCAUGCCUGCCCAGUUCAAGCUGGCCAUCCACCUGAAGGGCCAACUGUGCUUUCCUGAGCCGGCAGGGGGAGUGGGCUGCCACCGACAGGAUUUAUGUCCUUGCGCGGGUCCCGUGUUGAACUUUUGAAGGCACUUGGGGAAGAGCAGCCGCUCAGUACCAGAGUUAAGCUAAAGAUGCUUCCUUGAGGUGAUUUCCGUGUCGGAACGGGUUAGCAAGUUUCGGUGAGUGGGUGUAUGCAUGGAAACCACUGUUCCUCCCGUUUCCGUGCCCGAACAUGGCCGUGUCCGAGAGAGAGAGGGAGAGAGAGCUUCCGGCGCCCGGAGCUUCAAGCCGCUUCCUGAACUUGGGGAAGGCGGCGCAGUGGCCCGUUUCAGACGAGUGCCAGCACCUUGUGUUCGGGUGUGUUGUUUGAGCGGCCGCUCCUUUUUCUCAUUUGUCACUUCAGCGAUGUGGCAUGUGGAACAAGCAUGAGCCCCCAUUCUCUCUGGAGGGGAAGAGACUUGGCACUAGCGCAAAGCUAGGGCACACUGCCCAUCAUCGCGGAGUGCAAGAAGCUGACAUCUCUCAUGGAGCGGCACAAUGUUGCCAGUGCAGGACAGCUCGUGCUUUGGUGUGCUCAAGGAGCCUUUAAUUGCUCCAGGUUGACCAGAACUGAAUUCUGAGUAGGUUUGUUUAGCUGAGACAUAAGUGAACAGAUGCAGGCAAGGUAGGGCCUCUCGAUGUGCUUUUUGUGUUGAAGCGUGUCCCUUGGCCGUGAAGUGAGCAGUCCAGGCGCAAGGCCGGAUGUGGCUCUGCGCCGUGACGUGACUGACGCCUGUGACUUGCUCACCAGGCACCGUGGAAGGACCAAAAUGCCUUGUCGCCGUGCCCGGUUGGCCGACAACUGUCGCACAAUGCUUUGCUUCGGGGUGUGGCAUCUCCAGUGCCAAGGGCUUGAGAUUCCAAAGCAGAUUAAUAAAUAGGCCGGUAGGCCCUAUGAAGCCCCAAGUCUUUCACAUGUCCCGUGCCUUUUGUGUGCUUCAAGGCAGGGUGUCGCGGGCGACAAGGCCGGGCACAAACCAGCCAAGUGCGUUGCGAGUCUCGCCGCGCGCGUGAGUGCAAAUCCUCGAGGGACAAUGGGACUCGAUGUCCGGUGCCUUCCUGAGUGACUAGCGAAACCAAUUGGCCAUCAUCAACGAGGUUGUUGCAAUGAUAAGUCCAGUUGCCUGGAGCUGAUGGUGGGGUUAGCCCUACUCAACACCUACCCAGCAUUGCUUGUUCCAAAAAAUGUGAUAGAGAAGUUUCAGUCUAGCGUGCAAGCUCAGUUUUGCCAUGCAAAUUUAGAAGCAUUUGUUGGUCAUCAGGCAGGACAAACAAAACCAUUGUGGGCUUCCUUGCAAGAUUCAUGCCACGUUUCUUAAUGUCUCAAUCGUCCUGUUUGUGUUACUGGAACGUCCUAAUCAGCUGAAGAGAAGGAAGACAAACCAAGUUUUGUUGUCGCACAAGAGGGCACGCACUCGCAAGAGCAUACGGGCCUCCUUACCUUCAGCCGUCUGCGAAGAUCUUGUGAGCACGUCGACAAUUUCCUCGCUGGUGGUCGCCCAGAUGUGGCAUGGAAGGCCGACGGACGCGGGUGGCAAGUCAAUCUGUCAGAAUGUUUCUGUUCAGAAAGGCAAGCCGCGAAUGUGCAUAUGCCAGUGGCCGGAUCUCACAUACAACCGGCGGCCUUGUCAUAGCGCAAGCUGCGUUUUUGUUUUCAGGGUUUUCCCCUAAAUGCCUUCAACGGGCCCCAAGAGCCAGCGAGUGGACUGAAGCUCUUGCUGUGAACGUGUCGCCUGGAGAGGGUUCUGAUGGGUGCAGUUCAGGCAAGCCCUGCUUUUGUCCGAUCUUUCGGGGUAUUUGUGUCGGAUGCAGAGUGCAGUGUUUGCGUGGCUGUUUCUGUUUCGAUCUUCGAUUGUUUCUUGAUCCAGGUGCAGGUGAAUACCUGCUGAACGACGCCUCGAGCAAUUCUGUGCUGCUUCCAUCUAUGCCAUGGGUGCUCUCAAGUAUGGGGAUGGGCAGUUUCUUCGCUGGCUAAGAUAUAUUUGACAUGUUUGCAGCAUGUCAAGUAGAGCAGGUCUUUUAUAGAUCUACGCAUGUUGCAGAAAGCCAGACUGAUCCAGGCAGAACUCUCCAUUGCAAAGGCAUGGGCCGUGCCGUGGUCAACUUUAAGAUGGCUUGUGUGCCAUUGCAACGCGUGCGGUGCACACUGCCCACUCGGCUGUCUCGGCAUCCCCGCUUGCUUCUCGUCCUGGGGUUUGUUUGUUUUCAAGGUUCGAGAGUUGGAUUGGUCCAAGCGCCCGUGCACUUGCAACUCAUUGGUUCGUUCUUCUUUUCGGAAUUCGGAACAGUUCCCCACUGCCACAACACUGGGAUUGCUCACACCGAGGUGCCUUUGGGCUGUCGCAGCGCGCGACACAAAGAUGAGACGCGGGCCUGGGAUGGGUUUCGGGUUUGUGCACCAGCCUGUCUUGGACU